GGGUCCUAGAUAUAGCUGACCUGUUGACGCCUGAAUAAUUCUUAGUAGCUUUGUAAAUAUCGCCGCUGUACAGUUGUCUUUUUAUAUAUAUUUGAUUAUCAGUGUUAUUAUUUUAUCUCCCUUCUUAAGGCAUUACUAUCUGUUUUUUUUGUUGUGUUAUCUCAGUUCAGCUCAUUUUACUUCGCGCUACUUCAGGCGUUCACAAGCAACAGCAUGUUAGCAGCAGUGGCUAGCGGCUGGGAUAGAUGUCGGUCAGUGUUGUGGUUCUAUGACUACCUCUGUUCACAGUUAACAGAUGAUCCUGUAACAGCUACUCUGCUGGGUAAGUUACCCACUCAGCCAACCUAUCUGUUGGAUUUGUCGGUGUUGGUUGUUAAACAUUGACUGAAGAGGACGGACUAAAGCUAGAAGCUCAGCAGUUUAGGUCAAACUUGACAGACAAGACAGCAGCAUGUCCUCCCUGUCAUUAUCAUGCUGGACUAAGCUCCAGCUGAGGCCCCAGAACAUCAGAGCACUUCUUCAGAGGAGUGCUUGUGUUUGUCCAAAUCAAGACUCCAGGCAGCACAGUGGAGGACAGCCUGUCAGGAGAGUCAUGAUAACUGGCAUAGGGUUUGUGUGUCCCCUUGGCACAGGGACCGCUGUGCCCUGGGAGCACCUGAUCACGGGUCAAAGUGGGAUUAUUGCUCUUGACCCAGAGGAGUACAAGACUGUUCCCUGUAAAGUGGCAGCAAUGGUGCCCAGGGGGGAUGAGGAGGGUCAGUUUAAUGAGGAGAGGUUUGCUUCCCGUGGGGAGAUCAACAGCAUGUCACCAGCCACUGUGAUGGCCCUCGGAGCUGCUCAGCUGGCUCUGGAGGACGCAGGCUGGUACCCCAAAACCCCAGAGGAACAGCUCACUACAGGGGUGGCUGUCGGCAUGGGGAUGGUGUCCCUGGACGAAAUAGCUCAGACAUCUGCCGCCUUCCAGGACAAGGGCUAUAAAAGAGUCAGCCCCUUCUUUGUGCCUCGUAUCCUUGUCAACAUGGCUGCUGGGCAUAUCAGUAUAAAACACAAACUGAAGGGUCCCAACCACGCUGUGUCCACAGCCUGCACCACGGGGGCCCACGCCCUCGGUGAUGCCACCAGGUUCAUUGCUCACGGUGAUGCGGUUGCUAUGAUCACAGGGGGAACAGAGUCCUGUGUGGGGCCCCUGUCGAUAGCCGGCUUUGCCAGGGCGCGUGCCCUGGCCACCAAAUGGAACGACAACCCUAAGCUGGCAUCGAGACCCUUUCACCCGGAGCGAGAGGGCUUUGUGAUGGGCGAGGGAGCAGCUGUGCUCCUGCUGGAAGAGCUGGACCAUGCAGUGAAGCGGGGAGCCAGGAUCUAUGCAGAGGUGCUGGGCUACGGCCUCUCUGGAGACGCCAGUCACAUCACUGCUCCUGCUGCAGACGGAGAUGGAGCAUACAGGUGCAUGUCAGCAGCCCUCAGAGACGCCGGCGUGUCACCGGCAGACGUCACAUAUGUGAACGCUCAUGCCACGUCCACACCUUUAGGCGACGCGGCUGAAAAUGCAGCCAUCAAGAGGCUGUUCCAGCAGCACGCCCGCAGCCUGGCAGUCUCCUCCACCAAGGGAGCCACGGGGCAUCUGCUCGGGGCGGCAGGGGCCCUGGAGGCAGCCUUCACCGCCCUGGCUUGUUACCAUGGAGUCCUGCCCCCCACCCUCAAUCUUGACCGCACUGAGCCAGAGUUUGACUUGAACUAUGUUCCGUGCACAGCGCAGCCGUGGCAGACCCAGGGCCGGCGGGUGGCCCUCACUAACUCGUUUGGAUUUGGUGGCACUAACGCCUCAUUGUGCCUCGCCAGUGUCUGACAAACUGCUUGAAUAAACAAAGGUUCAACCAGUACUGACUGUUUAUUACAAAUCAGAUCCUGUCCAGCCAGUGUCAUCCAACCCUAAUAGGAUGGAUGUUAUGCACUUUAAUUGCUACAUAUUUAUUACCAAACUGAUCAAUAGUACACUGUUUGGCCCUGGGAAGCCCUUAACAUGAAGUAAUUCUAAAGACAUAAUGCAAGUAUGUCUGAACAUGUUUUUAUCCUAGGUUCCAGUGGAGGUUUACAACAUUUCUAAAUGUGAAUGUGAAAUUCUAAGGUGGAAUAAGGUGUCCUGAAAAUGGACAAAAUUAAAGAUACUGAAUAGAGGAAA